UUGUUGAGCGCAGACAACGACAACGACGACAACGGCAACGGCAACGCGUAAACUGAAAACGUUAAGAACUGAAAACGCGAGAGUGUAAAAGUCUUCCAUGGGCCAAGUUCUAGGCAUCUACUGUAAUAGUAGGCAAAGCAAAUAAUACAACAACAACAACAACAGCAACUAAACACUACUUCCAAUACAUUUACAAUUGCAAAAUAGUAAAGCAAGAAGAAGAAAACCUAUAUUGACCACAACACAAAAAACAACUAUACAAAAAAAAAAAAAAAGUGUCAAUUACCAAGAUGUUGCCGUCGUCUCUGCAAAUACAAACGUUGAUGUUGCUGGUGUUAAUAGUUCAAGCUCACAGCACGCGUUUACCCUUAGAGAUAUAUGAACUGACAGCAACAGCAGCAGCAGCAACAACAGCAACAUCAACAUCAGCACAACAAGCAGCCGCAGCAGCAGCAGCAGCAACAGCAACAGCAGCCGCAGCAUCGUCAUCGUUAGCGGCAUUAACCGCAACAACAAAAACCACAACGACAGCAACAUUGACUAGAGAUAAGCAUAAGAACUUGGAAUAUUAUAUCUAUGAUGCCAAAGAUAAUAAACCAUCAACAACAGCGGCAGCAGCAGCGACGGCAGCAGCCACAGUUGCAACAGUUGCAGGUGCAGCAUUAACAGAGACUUUAUCAACCGUUAAACCUACAACAACUGAGCAUAUAACGAGUGUAGUCAGUCUCUCAGCCGAAGAGCAGGAGCAAACUGAAUUAGGACGAAGAUCAAGGCAAAUGUUGCAGCAACAGCAGCAGCAGCAGCAACAUCAUCUCAUUGCUAACAAUAUUAAGCAUGGACAUGGUCAAAAGGAUUUGCGUAUAUUAUAUCAAGUGGGGGACUCCGAAGAUGAUCUCCCAAUUUGUGCGCCAAAUGCAGUUUGCUCCAAGAUCGAUCUCUAUGAGACGCCUUGGAUUGAGCGGCAAUGUCGUUGCCCGGAAUCGAAUCGCAUGCCCAAUAAUGUGAUCCUGCACUAUCACAGCAAUCAUCAGGGAGGCGACAGACAUUCAUCCUCAUCAUCAUCCUCUUCGAAUUGGAUGAAAGAGAAGCUGAUGAUGCAGCAUAAACGUUUGCUGCUCGGUGAAUUUCAGGAUAAGAAAUUCGAAAGUCUGCAUAUGAAGAAAUUAAUGCAGAAACUUGGAGCUGUCUAUGAAGAUGAUUUGCAAUUGCCAUCAUCGAUGGAUUACAACAACAUGGAGUACAAUGAUGCCCUGCCGGCAGCUCAGACCUACGAGGAGGUGGCGGAUAAUGAAUUUCCACGAGGCAAUGCCCAUAUGCGUCACUCGGGUCACAGGGGUUUGAAGGAGACCAUGAGCUUUAUUGGCGGCUGCCCCAGCAGUCUGGGUGUUGAGGAUGGCCACACCAUAGCGGAUAAGACGAGGCACUACAAAAUGUGUCAGCCAGUUCACAAGUUGCCAGUUUGCAAACAUUUCCGUGAUUAUACUUGGACAUUGACAACUGCCACAGAGCUGAAUGUCACCGAGCAAAUUGUCCAUUGUCGUUGUCCUAAGAAUUCGGUGACUUAUCUGACCAAACGUGAACCCAUUGGAGAUGGCAGUCCAGGCUAUAGAUAUCUCUUUGCCUGCUCCCCAUUGACGCGCCUUCGCUGUCAGCGUAAGCAACCAUGCAAAUUGUUCACAGUACGAAAACGUCAAGAAUUUCUGGACGAGGUCAACAUCAAUUCACUCUGCCAAUGCCCAAAGGGCCAUCAUUGUCCCAGCCAUCAUACACAGUCGAGUGUUAUAGCUGGUGAAAGCUUCUUGGAGGAUAAUAUACAGACCUAUUCGGGCUAUUGUAUGGCCAAUGAUUGAAAACCUCCAGCAGACCAAGAGAGCAUUCCAAAACAAAAACACAAACAAUUGAAAAGAAAACAAAAACGAAACGAAAAUAAUAAUUCCAACACACACACAGCAAUUUUGUAAAGGAAGCAAAAAGGAUUUAGGAGCAGCUACUAUGUAUAUCGUAUAUAGACGAGUAUAUAUAUAAAUAUAUAUCGACUGAGCCAAUUGAGUCUCGCCAAGUUAACAAAUUUAGCAACUAAAAGAAAAAAACAAAACAAAUAAAAAAUCAUAAGAAAACGAGCAGCAUAAAACCUUCAACUAAAAGAAGAAUUAAUAUAUAUAUAUUUUUUUUUUUUUUACUAAUUUUAUGUCAUUAGAGUGGAGUGUUUUAAUUAGUUUUAAGCAGAGUGACAGAAACUAAAUUAACAAUUGUAACGCAAAGAGCAUAAAGCAUUUCCUUUUCGUUAUGAAUAUUUAUGCAAGAAUUUCUCUAAUAUUAUGUGAGUGUGUGUGUGUGUGUGCGUGUGCGUGCGCGUGUGCGUGCGAGUGUGUAUGUGUGUGUAUAUGUAAUAUAUGUACUUUCUUUUAUAAAUUGUAUAUACUACUAAGCCAGGUUCAAUUUGUAAUUUUAAUUUGUGUAAA